AUGCCGCCAGCAACGUGCCUCCGGUGCGGGAACCGAGCCGUCAUCAAGAGAUCCAAGAAUCACCACAAGCUAUGCAAGGAUUGUUUUCUCUCCGUUUUUGAGGACGAAGUUCAUCACACCAUCACUUCGUCCAAGUUGUUCUUCCCUGGCGAAAGGGUUGCAAUAGGUGCAUCCGGCGGCAAAGACUCCACCGUUCUAGCUUCGGUCUUGAAGACUCUGAAUGAACGGCACAGCUAUGGUUUGGACUUGGUGCUUCUGAGCGUCGACGAAGGAAUCAAGGGCUACCGAGAUGACUCCCUUGAAACUGUGAAGCGGAAUGCAGUCCAGUAUGAUAUGCCUUUGCAGAUCGUGGGCUAUGAUGAUCUAUACGGAUGGACAAUGGACCAGGUUGUCGAAACCGUAGGAAAGAAGGGCAACUGCACAUACUGUGGUGUUUUCCGGCGGCAGGCCUUGGAUCGUGGCGCCAAGCAGCUGAGCAUUCGACACGUCGUCACUGGCCACAAUGCCGACGACGUUGCCGAGACGGUGCUGAUGAAUCUGUUGCGGGGCGACUUGCCACGCCUGUCCAGGAGCACAAGCAUCGUCACAGGCAGUGCUUCGAGCGAGGUGAAAAGAAGCAAACCGUUGAAGUACGCAUACGAGAAGGAGAUUGUCCUCUACGCGCACCACAAGAAGCUUGACUACUUCAGCACAGAAUGCAUCUACAGCCCAGAGGCUUUCAGGGGAACGGCCCGCACGCUUAUCAAGAGCUUGGAGAAAGUUCGCCCCAGUGCGAUUCUGGACAUUGUCAGAAGCGGGGAGGACAUGGCCAGACUCACGCCGGACAAAGGCCGCGAUGCUUGUGGUUGCGACGAGGGCGAGGGCAUGGGUGGUUGUGGUUCUGCCAGCGGUGGGACUGCGCCGAGCGACUUCACACAGCUCGAGCAAAGCCUGAAAGCCCAAAGAGAGGCUGCAAAACUCGAGACUGAAAUCACGUCGAGUGACACGGCGGCGAGAGACGGCUCCGUAAAGCUUUCCCCACAUGACUGGCGAGGGCAGAAGGAGCAAGAGCGCACGUCCAGACCGUUGCAGAAACUAGGUCAGUGUAUCAAAUGCGGAUACAUGUCCAGUCAGGAUAUAUGCCAAGCCUGUACACUUUUGGAGAAUCUGAAUAAGAAUAGACCCGAGGUUUCAAUAUGA